GAGAAGGUGUGAAAGGAGGUAAAGAUGGAGAGGAGGAGUGGAUGGAGGUAAAAAUGGAGAGAAGGUGUGAAUGGAAGUAAAGAUGGAGAGAAGAUGAGAACGGAGGUUAAGAUGGAGAGACGGUAUGGACGGAGGUUAAGAUGGAGAGAAAGUGUGAAUGGAAGUAAAGAUAGAGAGAAGGUGUGGAUGAUAGUAAAGAUGGAGAGAAGGUGUGGAUGUGUUGCGGCGCACGCGCAGUCUACUUCUCCCUCCUCUGCGGGAGCACUUGGAGGAGCCGAUGACAGCGCGCUCGGACACGCCCCUGCUCGCGCUGAGCGCAGCACGCCCACGCAGCACGCCCACGCAGCACGCCCACGCAGCGACAAGCCUGCACACCUGGGACUGAUGAGGGCGAGAUGUAUAAAAGACCAGUGGACCCAAGGAUCGGGGCGGGAACUUAGCUUUCUCAUGGUGUACCUACCCUUCGUCACCUGGAAAGUGAGCUGUGCGUCUCAUUUUCCCCUGGAUCUCCCUCUGGACUCUGACUGCUUCCUUCGUUCCUCGACCUCUUGCUCGCCCCUGGAUUCCGACGCCUCUCUCUCGCCCCGGAUAACCUGCCUGCCCCAUGGACUUCCUCGUAUCUCGUUCAACACGUUGGUAACACUCACUUCAGUUAACUACACACAUAGUCUUACACCACACACUCUUGUAUUCUAGUUCACACUCCAUUUCCUUAGUU